AUGGCGGCGGUGCCGGGCGGCACCGCCAGAGGCAUGGGCGUCGGGCGCGCGGGCAGGCACCACGGCUGCCGUCCGCGCCCGCCGCAGCGGCUGCGGCGCCGGUGGCAGGCGGCCGCCGCGGCCCUCGCCGCCGCGGCCACCGGCUCGCUCGGUGGCCCCCCGCCGGCCUUCCUGCCCGCCGCCGCGAGGACCCUGCCCACAGGCCUCGGCGGCCACAGCGCGGGCGCCGCGGCAGCUGCAGGACGCCGCCCGCCGCCCGCGGCGUCCUGGCUGCUGAGCUUGGGCCCCGGCGCGGCGCUGGCCGAUGAGGACGAUGCAAGGGCAACGUUGACUUGGCUCAACAACCUGGUCGUCUACGGGCCGCUGUUCAGCCUGUUUGUCAUCGUCGGCCUGGGGUUCGUAGGUGGCUACGUCCUCGGCAUAUUUGUCCCUCCUGGAGAAGGUGACUAUGGCGACGAGAGGUUGGCAAUGGAGCGGGAGGCCCGGGCGCGCGGCUGGAAGCGCGACAUGACGGGGGGGUACGACGAGGCGACCGCCGUCAAGCUGCUCGGCAUGAGCACGAUGGACCCAGACUUCGUGCCGGUGCCCCCCGUGAUCUUCAUGAGCUCCAAGCCUGGGCAGCAGGCCAGCAGCUGA